CGUGGGACCACUGGCCCCCUACAGUGCAGGUGGGACUUUUCGAGGCGCUCGGUCCGUGUCUGGCGGCGUGGUGGCGGACGAGGCGGAGGGCUGGAGCGCGGCGCUCCUGCGCCUCUGCCCCGCCGGUAUGCCCGCGAACGGCUGCGCGGCGAGGUUCAUCGCCGUUCUUGCACGCCGCGCAGGUUACGAUGUGCCGUUCGGUUGCGCCCGCGUUGGAACGUCCCGGCUGCGCGCUCUUCGGCGACUCCUCGGACCUGACGUUCGCCCUGCUGGCGCAGAGCAGGCAAUUGAGGUGCUCAAUGACGCUAUCCGCGAGCACUGGGGCCCCCCCCCGGCGCUUCCAGCAGAUUUCGGGGCGCUCGACGUUGAGAGCCAACUGUGUGCUUGGGAAAGCGCCGGCCGCCCGGGCUGCAACGUGGAGCGGUGCGCGAGCAUGGGCGGGGCUCUCGCCCUUUGAGACGGCCGUGGAGCAGGAGUCCUGGGGGCGCCAGCCCGUCGCCCGGCCGGCUCCGGAGAGCUCGCGGUGCCUCGCCGCCUCGCCCGACAAGCCGGCGCGGCGCCGCGGCGCCCGUGAGUCGUUCGGGCCUCUCCUCGUGGUGGGAGUCGUUCGGGCCCCCCCUCCUGGCAUGCGUCGUUCGGGGCCCAUUUCGGCGCGCCCCUCGCGAGGAUCGUGGCCCCAUAGGGUGUUCCACCGAAGGCGCCAGUGGCAGGGUCCGCGUGGCGGCCUUGCCCCAUUUCGGCGCACCCCUUAGAGGGGCGUGGCCCCAUAGGGAGCUCCACCGAAGGCGCCAGUGG